CAUGUAAUAUUAGUGACGAAAGAAAGCAGAUUUUAGCAAAAAUGUUCCACAAACCGUUUCGCGUAAGAUCGAAUACAACGAUUAAAGGUUCAGACAGGCGGAAGUUGCGUUCUGAAGUAAGAAACCAAUUUCCCCGUUUAGCCGAGGAUGAUUUGAAUGUUGUUGUGCCUAAUAAAGAUGAAAUGACUGUUAUGAAGAUAUAUUCUCAUGCAGGAGACAAUGUAAUUGUAUAUUGCCUUCAUAAAAACCCAAUUUUCUUUGAAGUUGAGAAAAAGCUCUUUCCAACUGUUUACACAGUUUGGAAAUAUCCUACACUUGUGCCUGUAUUUACAACAUGGGAAAAUGUAUUUAGGAAUCUAUCUGGUGGAGCAGAUUUAAUGUUGCCGGGAGUGGUGUUAAAGGUGAUGGAGUCCCAAAGCCUUCCACUUGUUGACAAGGGAGAUGUCUGCCUCAUCAACACAGCCGGCAACCAUGCUGCUAUCGCCAUAGGAACUGCUGCCAUGUCAACAGGUCAAAUGAUGGCAGCAGGAAUGAGAGGAAAAGGAAUAUUUGUGUACCAUACAUAUCAAGACCAAUUAUGGCAGCAUGGAGAUAAAAUCCAUUUACCAGUCAUACCCAUGGAAGUGCCUGGAAUGAACACAAUGGUAGAAAAAACAUUUACAGAGAUUGACACAGAGGAACUGAAAACUGACGAUAACGAGGAGGUGCCAAAUAUUGAAGUUGACUCAGAAGAAAAAAUAGAAACAUCACUUAGUGAGAUUGAAAAUUUACGAAUUGAUGAUGGACAAGAUGAAGAUUGUGAUAUUGAGGGCGCCGUUGGGGGAGAAAUUGAUGAGGAGUGGGAGGCGGCUGGUGAUGAGAACCCCAGAACUCUUACAGAGCAAAUGGAUGACCUUUUACAAACAUGUUUCCUUCAUGCUUUAAAGACUAAUGUUAAUAAGAAAAAUGAUUUACCAUUACUGACAAGUAAAUUCUUUAGGAAUCACCUUUUGCCUUGUUGUCCUGCUGGCAGACAACUCGAUGUGAAAAAAUCAAGUUACAAGAAAUUAUCCAAAUUUUUACAAGAAAUGAAAAAGAAAAAAUUUAUAGAAAUGAAACAGUUACAGAAAGGUGUCGAUAGCAUUACAGAUGUGCAUAAAGAACAUCCAGAUGUGAGGGCUUUUCAGAUUCCAAAUUUCACAAAUGAAGUUCUUGAAGAAACAGAAAUAGUGCCACCAAGUGGUGAAUAUCAUUCACCUGAGAUAAUAGAAUUAUUUGCAGUGAAUGCUGCUACCUUGCCACUCUUCCAAACUUCAGGAUACAGUAAAGGUUCAUGGCUUACUCAGCAACAAGUCCGCAGUGCUCUGACUGACUACGUGAAAAGCAAUGAAUUGAUAGAUCCAAACAACAAAAGUCAGGUGGUACUUGAUCCUCAUUUAACUGAUGCUCUGCUGCAGAAAUCAGAAUACCACAUAUCACAUGUCAAAUGGGACGCACUCUUUCAAAGAUGCUACACAAAAAUGGGGAGUGGUUAUCAGCUGACAUUUCCUGGACAAACAAUAUCAAAAAACAGUGGAAUCAAAAAAGGAAAAGUGCCUUCAAUUACUAUAAAUGUUGAAAAGAGAACUGGUAAUAAAAAGGUGACACUAGUUCAGAAUCUUGAGGUUUUUGGCAUUGAUCCAAAAUCCUUUGCCCGUACAGUACAAGUAAAUGUAGCUGCAAGUACAUCAAUAAGUCCUCUACCAGGAAAUGGUGCUGGAUUUCAAGUUCUUAUACAAGGAAACCAGAUUAACUAUGUUGCACAGCUUUUACUAGACGAAUUCAAAAUUCUGAAGAAAUAUAUCGUUGGAUUAGAGAAGGCUCCGAAACCGCCCAAGAAGAAAAAUUGAGUUAACAGGUUUUAGUGUAAAGAAUACAUAUAUACACGUAUUAAUAAAGUAACCUUUAAUAUAA